GUGCACGCGCGCACCCUCGUACAGCGGGGAUAUAAUGAGAAGACGAGCGGGGAAUUAAUUGAAGUGGCGAUGUAAGAAGCAUACUUUCGGACGUGUCUGGCGUCUCGUAAUUAUUCUCUCUUACGGAACUGCUGCGCUGUAAUUAAAUUGUUAAAUCGCACAGGGGAAUGAAAGGCUCGAGUUACUUGUCGCGCUCGUUGCGAUGGAACUGUGCAGUUUAUCGUGCCGGAGAAAUAUAGGCUGUCUAUAUUUUAUUACUAUCUUUGACGUGUAAUUACGUAAAAUUAUUACAGCAUAAAACAAUUAUUUCCGUGUAUUUUAAACCGGCACUUCCGUACCUCGAGAGGCCUUCCGGCAUCUAUCUAUUGAAUUUCGAUGAAUGAAGGCGGCCACGGUGCGGCGCACGCUACUCCCGCGCGUAAUCGUUUACGCAAGAGAGACACACUCGACGAAAAGGAUGUGCGAAAGGAAGCCGCGGCCACGGUGACGUGGGCAUAUUUCCCAUCCGCACGAGAAAAAGAAUACCGAGUCUCCCAGCUCGUUUCCUAUCCCCCGCCGCGAACGUGACACGAACAUUAUACGCACACACGAGCCGCGAGCGAGCGGGAGGAACAACCGCGCGACGGGUGACAACCCCUUCUCGAGAGUUGCGGUCGCGCAGGACUGUUUUGGUUUGAUUUUAGCGCAUUCCCGCUUAUUUAACCGUACCGAGCGUACUCACGCCUUACAGAAAACAAUGUCUCAUCCAGUGACGUCUGAGUAUAUCCCGUUGAUCGUCGGAACAAUGGCUGACAAAGUGACAUCGCUACGUCGUUGUCAACGGUCAUUGUUUCGCGAACAAUUUUAUUUCUCUCUCCCUCUCUCUCUCUCUCUCUCUCUCUCUCUCUCCUCUUUCUGACGCGGUUGCGUAAUUCUUUUGUAAGCGUGAAAUCGAUAGGGCAGAUAACGACGAAGGAAUAAAGUAGCGGCAGUUUUUGUCCGGACUGUCGUAACGGCACCGCGUCCGUACUCUUCGCAAGGGUGCAUAAUAUUGCACAUUGGAUGCACCUUGCGCGAAUGCCGCAACCUGUCGGCAAAAUUUGAGUUAUUGACGAUGGGGUCGCAAAGAAUAAGAGUCAUUUAACGUUGCAACCGGCAUACAAAGCCAAAUGGGGAGAGGGGUACGAACGAGGUCAUCGAUGAAGGGGUUGCGCCUUUGCCAACAUGUAUUUAGCAGUAAGUAUUUUCAUCGCAGUUGUUCUUCUCCCUCUCCCAAACACUAAUCGACACUUAUAAAUUUAUAUUAGCUCUUAUAUAUUAUAUUAGCACCACCAUUAAAAAGUUUUUAUCGCGUACGUGUCGAAGAGAGCGUCGAAUUCUCGCGAGUAUCCGUUGUAUCGAUCAAACAAGCCUUCGAUUUCAUCUCGUCAACUCGAUACAGAUCCAAUUUGCCCUCCUUUUCCCCAAGCCAUAACGACGUUUCUUUCCGCACGUAAGUCGAUUUGGUGUCUCCUUCGCGCAAAUUAAAUUUCACGCGGCAGGGAAAGAUAGUUCAUCUCUCCCCGAGGAUCGCACGCUCUUCUCUUUCGAUAUAUUUCAUUCCACAGCGCGCGCGCGCGCGCGCACACACACACACACACACACACACACACACACACACACACAACCGUCAUUAGUUCGAUCGUUGUUAAAUAAAAAACUUCUUAUUAAAUCAUUCCUAUCGCUUCUGAAAGUGCCCGCAUGGAAAUUAAAUGAAACAUCGGAUGCAAAAGAUUGAACGAAUUUCGUGGUCUACGUGUAUUAAAGGUAUAUGGGUACCUGUAUAAAGUUUCUUCGCGUGUGAGACGCUGCGUGCCACGAAUAUCAUUUUUCUUCCCUUUUUAUUCGUCAUUAUGUAAUUUGUAUUUCACGCGGCGAUCUUGGUCCGCGUCGUCAUGGGAUGAGAGAGGUAUCUUGAAUCCCAUGGAAACACGAUCUUUCUUUCGAUACGCUUCGAACUGCGCGCGGUUUCAAGUCGGGAACCAAACGGAGCCAUUUGCGUUCGUAGAUUUAUUACUAUUCGAUUCCGUAAGGAUAAUUUGUCAGGUCGUUGUAAAAUUAAAAAGCGACAACAGCUUCAUUCUAACGCCUUAAGUUCCAAAUCGAACGACAAUACGUACGCUCUUCGGAAGGCUUUCUUUUGAUUAAAUAGUUACGCGAUCGAAGAUCCUUUCACUAAUCAUUCUAUAUUCAUCGUGAACGAGAGUUUGAGCCGAUAGAAUUGUAUUUCUAGAAUCUCAUGGGAAAAGAGAAUCGUGCGAACCAACGUUGACGUCCCAGUCGAGAGGUCGAAAUUAAUGGAGAAAAGUCGUAGUUCUCUAUUCCAGAAUCGGCGAUCGUUUCGUGUACCCUAACUCCGGUCGACGAUGUAUCCUCGAUCUUGCGCGUUGGGGUGGCCGGGUGCAUCGCGGCCAGGUAAGGGGCAGCUGUCCACCAGGUGCCAGACCACCCCUCCACGCACCUCCACCUUCGGGACGGUGGGGAUCCGCCCGGUCCCAUUGGAUGGCGGCUCGCGCGCGUUGCCACAAUACUCUCGCGCUCCGCGACAGAAAACAGUCAGUCGUCCCAGGGCGCUCGACGGGGCACGUAGGCGAUCCACGAUCUACGUGUUAGAUCGCCCCACUCGUCGGCGUGACACGCGGUCUUACUCGCAAUUCCCUUCUUCUCUCUCUCUUUCUUUCUCUGUCUUGGGUUUAGGGUUUCCACAGUGUGAACCCGGUGCAUCCACCCGCUAGACACGUCGCCGAAUGAAACGGCACAGUCGCGUCACAGGACGGGAAAGGAUUACGAAAUUCACGUUCAAUUCUCAUCAACUUCUGCAUCAGAUGUUCUUCGCGCUGAUCUUCGUUCAAGAGUAGUUUCACGAUUUUGACGAUCGAGUGGUGUGAAGGAGAAACGGAGGAAGUAAUCUCGUUUUCGCGAUCAGUGUCCGAAAGUGCGAUCUUCAGUGAGAGCCAUCGGAGUUAGGUUCGUUUGUCCUUCUACCGCCUAUCUCCAUUUGCACACCUGUAGUCGCGGCUUUUCGCGCCUGACUCUCGCGAGAGCAGCACGGCCACAUUUAUGGGGGUGUCCGGAGAGUGCGCGGUCAAGGGCAGCAAAAGCAGCCACCUCUGUCACUGCUGCAGCCACGUCGGCAGUUCCGGCGCGAGUGUGCAACAGCCGCAGCAACAACAGCAACCCUGCGACCCGUAUCACCACCAUCACCACCAGCACCACCAUCAUCACCAUCAUCAUCACCAUCACGGCAAGAACGCACCGCUAAGCGCGUCGCCGCAGCACAACAACAGCGGCGACAACAACAUCCUGGCACCGUUGCGCAGCAAGAUGAAAGUGCUCAAGAAGCUUAAGCGCAAGAUGGGUCUAGCGCCCAGGUCCUCGAACACGGGUACCAACAACCUGCCGCCGUUGACGUUUCACCACGUGCACGGUGACAACAUCAGGCUGUGCAAUGGCGGCACGAUCGCCCGGAGGCACGAGAGCUUUUGCAAGGGUGUCACCUUUAGCGCCAGGCCCGUGAGAGUGGGCGAGAAGGUCUGCGUCAAGUUCCUGGAGAUUUCCGACAACUGGAGCGGCGUGAUCCGUUUCGGCUUCACCAGCAACGACCCGAUCAAUCUGCGAAGCGGUUUGCCGAGGUACGCGUGUCCUGACUUGACGAACAAGCCAGGGUACUGGGCUAAGGCGCUCGCCGAGAGGUUCGCGGAGCGAGACACGGUACUGUUCUACUACGUCACGUCGGCCGGCGACGUGCACUUUGGCGUCAAUGGCGAGGAGAAGGGUCUCUUCUUCAGCGGCGUCGAGACCCGGGGCCCGCUCUGGGCCAUCAUCGACGUUUACGGCAACAGCACCGCGAUCGAGUUCGUCGACGCGAAUCGCCAGCAUUUCAACAACAUACGUAGGGGUGCCGAGCACAGCAACGAGGACAACGCGCAGCACAGCAGGCACUCGGCCAUGGACGACGCCAGCAAUGCCGGCCGAGACGUCGAAAGGAUCAUCGUGCCGUCUAUGCAGAACAUGUCGAUUCAUCACGAGCCUGACGUGGAACUACCCGGUCUUAGGUUUCAACCCCCUGGCGUCAUCUUCUCGUCUCUUCCCUUCCACUCCACUCGGGGCAGAAACAUCCGCUUCAGCAAUCAGCAGUGCGUGGCGACGCGCACGGACACGGAGUUCUGUCACGGCUACGCGUUCACGGGUCGGCCGUUGCUGUUGGGCGAGCGAUUGGUCGUGCAGAUCCUCUCGACGGAACCGAUGUACGUCGGUGCUCUCGCCCUAGGCUUGACCUCGUGCGAUCCGGCGCGACUCACGGCGGAGGACCUGCCGGACGACAGCGACUUGCUGCUAGAUCGUCCGGAGUACUGGGUGGUCUCCAAGGACGUGGCGUCGAGUCCACAGCCCGGUGACGAGAUCGCUUUCACGGUCACGCAUUACGGUGAAGUGCAGAUGAGCAAGAAUGGCGGCCCGCCCAACGUCGUUAUGCACGUCGAUCAGAGUCUUCAACUGUGGGCGUUCGUGGACGCCUACGGAAGCACUCAACGCGUCAGAAUGUUGGCCAGUAGACCGACCGCCUCACCGCCUCGGCAACGUCAGAGCAAUCCCUCGCCUGCUAACGUUGUUCAACAGCAACAGCAACAGCAACAGCAGCAGCAGCAGCAGCACUCCAAUCACAGCAACGCCGCAACGGAAUUGUCCAGAUUCUCCGAGUUGGUGCAGUUCAAGCCGGCGGUGGGCGGUGGAACAGUACUCGUUGUCAAUCUACCGCCUCAAGCUGGUUACCCGACACCACCUCCGCCUACGCCUCAACCAAUUUACGCUUCCGCGACGCAUAGGAAUCCGCCGGUGCAUCUCUCGUCGUCGUCGUCGGCGGCGGCGGCGGCGGCGGCUGCACCCGCGCCAGUCCCGCAUCCUGGAUCCUCUAGGCAAUCUUCGCCGCCGUUAACCGGAACGAUGGCCAGCACCGUCUCGACGUACGUCGAUCCGGUGACGUAUCAGAGCCUGGACGGUACCCUAACAUCGUCGCGCACAGCCUCGUCUCAUCUGCAACAGUGGAGCGAGGGUUUGCAGUCGACGUUGACCGGUCAGCCGAGCGAGUGCUACAUUUGUUACGAGCGUAACAUCGACAGCGUGCUCUAUAUGUGUGGUCAUAUGUGUAUGUGUUAUACAUGUGCGAUUCAACAAUGGCGUGGCAAGGGUGGCGGUCACUGUCCACUUUGCCGGGCACCGAUCCGCGACGUCAUCCGUAUUUACCGGUCCUGAACAGUUCGGGACUGACAGAGAAAGGGAGUGGGAAAGAGCGCGCGGACAUCUUCCCGGUUCCCAACGUCGUUGUCGUCGUCGUCAUCGUCGUCGCCGCCACCGCCACCGCCACCGCCACCGCGUUCAUCACCGUGCUUCCGUCGUCUUGGUUUCCUUCCGCAUCGAAUCCGCCGCGCUUCAUCGCCGUCGCGCUUCUCGCCCGCCUUCACGACCACCGGAACGAACGAACAAAUUAAUGCAAAAUCGAAGCAGAAUUCGUCACCUUCACACUGCCGUAUCUCUUUUCUAUUGAAACGCGAGGCAUGUUCCGACGAGUAAAACAAGUAGAUAAAAUGAAGAAUGAGACAUUUCCUGUGGGAUCCUCUGGGGGUCUGCGAAACAUAGAGUUGUGCUGAAUCGAAUAUUUAACGCUACUAAUAUUUGAGGCAGUUCGACGCUUUAGCGUGAUCGCGUCGCUGUCAAUUAACACGUUAAUGGGUGGACCAUCGCAUCAUGCACAAAGAAAGCAACAGAGCUUUCAAAAUCGCGAUCACUGCCACUAUUGUCGAUCGAGCGAGAAGGCGGAGAUGAAUUGCUCCUGAUACGAAUAAAAGAAAAAUAGAACAAGAAGGAGUGAGUGAGAGGGAGAGUGAGAGAGAGAGAGAAAGAGAGAGAGAGAGAAAUGAUAGCGAUAAAGAUUAUAGUUGGUCGAUUUUGCUUGUAUAUUGAUAUUCUGUCUGCCAAUCUCUAUUAUAAGUGAACGAAACGUGAAUGAAUGCGAACUGUGUGAUUGCGUCAUCGUCAAAAGAGAUCGAGUUUAGAUAUUUUCACAAGCGACAUAAUCGUCAUUAUACCAUUACCAAUUACUACCGCUCUAAACUAUCACUAUCACUAUUCUACUACUACUAUUACUACUACUAUUUACUACCGUACUAUUCUUCUAAUCUUUAAUUAUUAUUUUAUUAUUAUUAUUAAUAUUCUACCGCUACUAUUAAUUAUAUUAUUAUUAGUUUAUUCAUUGUAACUGUCUUUAAUUAUUCGCGAGUAGCUUUGUUUGCCACAACCGUUAUUAUUUUUGCGAUUUGCCGAUUAUAGUGAUGGUUGGUGAAUUAACAUAGUCACUAUCUCGUAGCGUGAUUAUUAUUUAAUGGACCGUGUGAUUACAUAGCGCAAACUUUCCGGUCGGACGCCUAGAAGAUCUGGAUAGCUUAAUCGCGUCUCCGGUCCUUCUUUCUAGGGCGAUCGUCGUCCUGACGAGAGCGUGAUUGAUUCCUAACAUUAUUCAUCCUCGAUUAUUUCUACAUCUUGAAUGAUAAUGUUUGAGCAUCCGUGAUCAUCGCCGAUCAUGUCAGGCAGGCUUUUACCAAAGAUCUUAAGCGUUUCCCGCCUGUUUUACCUGGCCUUCGUGACAUUUUAAAAUCGCAAAGCGAUUUCAACGGGCAUUCGCAUACAGGCAAAUUCUGACGAUGACAAUCUAGCCACCAACAUUUGUAUUGCCAGUAAUGUCAUCACGUUCUUAGCGUCCCAUAAUAUGGAUAUCGUUUAUACGCAGAUUGAUUAUACGCCUGACGACGAUCAGUAAGAGAGUUUUGGCCUUCGCGUAGCGAUCCUACAAAUGUAGAAUUCCACAAUACGCUGCGAAGCACUAUAGAAUCAAUUUGAUAGUUGAUUGCGAGCUCACUCAGCAAAGCCGUUUUUUAAUACUUUUCUAAUUCGACGGAACUUAGAACUAUAUUGGAAGAAUAUAGGUUCGUUCUGAACUCUGCCGCGUGGCUUUACCAUCAGCAAUUCGCGUUGACCCUUUGGUCGUGAAAACAAAAUGAGGACACGGUGUGGCAUUGAUUUUAUCCUCGGAUAACUCGAAAAUUCCUGUUAACCGUCGAGACAGUGUUUUACGCGCCUGGUAUGUCUCAUCGUGCGGUUGUAAAAGUUUUUUUUAUCUCGAAAAGAGAUGUUCUAGGCAAAGUUUACAUCUCUAAAUCUCUUUGCAAAUUCAUGUUUUUUUUUAACCAUUUAUGAAUGAGAACGACGUUGUCCUCGUCAGUUGACAUCGUAAGGAAUUGUCACUGUUUUAUUUUGUGAUUUAUCUCUCUAAGAAGAAGAGAGGAGAAUAAAUUUUUCAUAAUCCAGAGAAAACUUGAAACGACGAAACGAUUUCCCAACCAAAGGGGACGGCGUAUCAGGCCCUUUAAAGAACUAAUUUUUAAUGAAUACAAGAGCGAGGAAAAGAAGGAGGAGGAGGAGAAGCCUUCCUCUUCGAUUAUGUAAUAACAGAUGCGCAAUAAAGCGGUAGUGAAAAUCUCUAGUCCAGCGAGCGGCGGAUUUAAUCUGCCAAUCCAAAAAAUAUGAUGAAAAGAAUGAGGUAAGAAGCUUUUUCUUUUUUCUCUCUAUAAGUAAACGGAAGGGAGAGAAUAGGUAGGUACAGGGAAAGAGAGAGAUCGAAAAAUUUUAUAGAUAUGAAGAUAUGCAAAUUAUUGCGCGCGUCUGCCAGCGAAUGGCGCAUUCAAGAUUCUAUUAAAAGAAUUAUGUAACAAUAGAUUAUUAUUAUUCUAUUGAUAUGAUAGGCGCGACGAAAAAGAACUGUUUCAAAACGUCGCUGACGUUGCGACGAUAGAGCGAGAGGUGGAGAGAGAAAUAGAACAAGACGCAUGCUUGAUAUUAAUUACGACGAAUGUUUAUCAUUAUUGGCAUCGUUAUCGUUGUGAUCAGCGUGAUUAGUUGUCGUGUUAUUCUGUCGUCAGCUUGGCAGCAUCUCGAUCAUAUCGCUCUAUAUUUCUACUUCGAUUUACUAUCGCCCUUAUUAUUAUUAUUAUUGUACGAUUAUGUAACUAACAACUGUUUAAUUCGGGAUUACUCGGGGUGCUUAGUACGUCCACGCGCGCGAAAGAGAGAAAGAGAAAAUGUUUCUUUCUUUUGUCUCUUCUUUCCAAUAUUCUUCUCUUUUUAAAUUUCUCAUGUAACUCAGCGUUAACGCGCACAAGUACAGAACUGUUCACAAUUUUUACAUCAUACUUUACUACACUCGAAAGACGAAAUAUAAACAAAAGUUUUACGCGCUAUGCGAGAGUUUCUCCGACUGUAAUGUGAAGAUGCCGACGGAAAUUUAUACAUAUGUAAUAUAAUUCGCGCAGCCGCGUGCUGUUCCACACAAUAAAAAGCCUAUAAUAUCUA